AUGACUCUAAAGCUCUGGACGUCACCGCUCUCCUGGAACUGCCUGCGGGCUGAGCUUGUGUUGGCCGAGAAAGGCAUCGAAGACGUCGUCGAGAUCCCUGCCGACCUCAUCGGAGGGAAACACAAGGCCAACUUCCGCGAUAAGUCCCUCUUUGGGAGGGUCCCGCUCCUGGAGGAUGGCGAGCUCGUGAUCUUCGAGUCUCGCGCGAUCGCCCGCUAUCUGUGCCUGAAGUAUGCGGAUGUCGGUCCAAAAUUGAUGCCAGAGGGCACCGAUGCUGAAGUGAAUGGUGUCUGGGAGAUGUGGUUGACCCUCGAGGCGGUCGAGUUCGACAGCCACGUCGUGCCUGUCAUUAGCGAGACAAUUAUUCGACCUGCCCUUGGACAGGCCACGGACGAAGCGGUCAUCGGAAGACACAAGCCAAAACUGCUCCACUGUCUGGAUGUGCUCGACAAGGUCUUGUCAAAGAGGGCCUACAUGGGAGAUACUGAGUACAGCCUGGUCGAUAUCUUCUACAUGCCAUGCAUUUUCACCGCCAGCCGAUGCCUCGAUGUUUUCGAGGGGAGAUCCAAUCUGAAGAAGUGGUGGGUGACAGUCAGUUCCCGAGAGGCAUGGAAGAAGGCUGUCAAGCCGCUUGACGAAGGCUACAGCCAGGUUAUCCCGGGAUGGAACAAGUGA